UGUUUAUUCCUCAAAUCGCCCUCCACACAGAUUUCCCACCCAGAAUGCAUUUUGACAACGUCUUUGAAAAAGCGGCGCGGCUAAUUCAAGAUGGCGGAGAUGGACCAGCUGUUAGACGAGAGUUCCUCAGCCGAGGCACUCGUCAGUCUAAAAGAGGGCAGUUUGUCCAACACAUUAAAUGAAAAGAACAGCUUCCCGAGAACUCACAACACCAGGGGGCGGCAUUCCUCCGUCACAAUGGACACGCCCACACGAAGUUCAAAGAGAAGCCGUUUGUUUCGGGAUGAGGAUGAACCGCCCCAGCAGCGACUCUCUUCCAGAUCUCCUCGGAGGAGCCAGAGGGUCACCACUACACCACAGAAGUUUUCUAACAUCAUAACACCAGAUAAGAAGGCAUCACAGAAGAUUGGAUUGAGAUUGAGAAACCUUCUUAAGCUACCCAAAGCUCACAAAUGGUGCAUCUAUGAAUGGUUUUAUUCCAAUAUUGACAGACCUCUUUUUGAAGGCGACAAUGAAUUUUGCUUGUGCCUCAGGGAGUCUUUUCCCAACCUGAAAACAAGAAAACUGACUCGAGUUGAGUGGGGAACAAUCAGGAGGCUGAUGGGGAAACCAAGACGGUGUUCGUCAGCCUUCUUUGCUGAAGAGCGAACAGCCCUGAGACAAAAGCGUCAGAAGAUGCGACUUCUGCAGCAGAGAAAGUUAUCAGAUGUGUCAACUUGCAAAGACCUUCCUGAUGAAAUCCCGUUACCACUCAUCAUAGGAACGAAAGUGACGGCUCGGCUUCGAGGCGUCCACGACGGGCUUUUCACAGGGCAGAUUGAUGCCGUUGACACCAGUGCUGCAACUUAUCGUGUCACCUUUGACCGCAGUGGCCUGGGAACUCACACUGUGCCUGAUUACGAAGUUCUGAGCAAUGAGCCCAAUGAGACUAUGCCCAUCUCUGCCUUCGCACAGAAGCACCGGUCAACGCGCUACAUACAGAACCUCAUGACUCCUCCUCGAGCGCCUUACCCAUCUGUUACCACUCCUGUUCAAAUGGACAAUGAUCCUCUUAUGAACGCUUCACCAUGGAGGAACAAGUUGCCCAGUACAGAGGGAGAAACACUUGGAGGAUUUCCUGUAAAAUUCUUGGUCCAAGUUACGAGGCUGUCUAAAAUCCUCAUGAUCAAGAAAGAACACAUAAAGCACUUAAAAGAAAUGAACACAGAAGCAGAGAAACUGAAGUCGUACUCGAUGCCAAUUGAUUUGGACUUUCAGAAGCGAUAUGCUACCACUGUGCUUGAGCUGGAGCAGCUCAAUAAAGAUCUGAACAAGGUGCUUCAUGAAGUUCAGCAGUUCUGUUGUGAACUCUCUCCUGAUCAGGGCAUGGUUCCAGCUGACCAUCCCACAGAUCUACGGCGGCGGUGCGAAGAAGAGGCCCAGCAGAUGGUGCAGCAGAGCAACACACAGAGGGACGGACAGCCAAGCGUGACGAAUCCCAGCCUCACACACCUCAUCUCCCACCUCACUGCGCUGCUCCUACAGAUAAAGUGUCUUGCAGACGGAGGAGAUCUGAAUUCAUUUGAGUUUAAAUCUCUAACUGAGUCCUUAAAUGACAUCAAAACAUCAAUUGAUCCAUCCAACCUCAGUUGCUUUCAGAACAACGUUGAAAUCCAUGUGGCACACAUCCAGAGCGGUCUUAGUCAGCUUGGCAAUCUGCACGCAUUCGCUGCCAACAACACCAAUGCCGUCUGAGUCCCUGCAUCCUCCCCUCCACACACAGAUGCAUGCAGACACUUUCAAGGCUACAGACAUGGCCCGUGUUGACACCGUGGCUCACCGUUGUGCAAGCCCAAGAGUGGACGAAGUUCCACUCGGAUUCCUGAGGUUUUGUGUCUAAACAGAGGGAAGAUGUCAUGUAUUUUAUCCACCCGUUUUAUUGUAUGAAAAUGUUUGUGCUACCUACCAAUACAAGCCUGAAACAGUCUACCCUCUAUCACUAAUCUUUACCACAGUUCACAUCUCCACACUCUUAGGUGUUAUUUAUUGGGUUCCAUGUGCCAAACAUUGAUUCUACCAGUUUUUAUAGUCUGUAUUUAUUUAUUUUUGCAUAGAUGUGUAUGGUUGUGAAGCAAUAUUUACUAUCCUUAAUGUUUCCCCCCUGUGUUUUGUUCUGUUGCUCCUCUGCUGGCAAGCACAGAGGAAAGCUAAAGAAGGUUUUAUAAAACUGAUUGUAGAUAAUUGUAUAAUAUGUGAUUAUUAGGACUAUUGUCAACAUUUCUGCCAUAUGUUCAGAAAUGGCUUUUGUAAUUUUUGUGUGCACUGAAAAGAGAUUUUGGUAUUUUUAUAAAGGAGAAUUGUAGGGUUUUGAUGCCCCCUCCCCCCCCUCCACACACACACACACACACACACAAAUGAAGCCUGCAUUAUUGACUUAACCUAAGAGAUCUCAAGUCAACACUUCCUUCCUGUUUGUUCUGUACAAAUGUAUAUGAGAGUGCCUCAGGGCAAUUGUAUAUAAAUGUUUCCCUCUUUUUAUAUUAAAUACAUGAUUGGAACUGC